AUGACCCAGCUGACCAAGCCUGUCUUUGUUUCCGUUGGAUUGGGGGCUCUGCUCCUCUUCCUGGUCUCUACAACAAGAGCUUCAGCCCUCAGCUUCGUCUGUCUCGUCUAUGUUGCCCUUGUUCAUUGUCCCUUCAAUUCUUCACCCACUGACUUCUUCCUCUCCGGCAACGAGGCACCACUUCCUCCAACCAACUCUUUGUGGUCACGCCUCCAAGCCUUGUCUACACUCAAAUGGCUAGCUCAAUCGCGUCGGGCAAGAAAUGAAAAGGAUAUCGACUGGGACCAAGGCGAUGCUGUCAAGGAUGGCGACUUGAUUGAAGCCUGGGAUCGCAUCGUUGAGUGGGAUUCACGAUGCUUACAUCCCAACAAGCUCGAACAGCUUCGUGGCUUCGGUGAUCCACUGGCAGACAACGCUAUAGACGAGAUCGAAGGCAUCUCGCAGCAGCCAAAGCAGAAUUCAAGCGACGCUUUACGUAAGAUCUACGAUCAGUCGUCCAUGCUCGACAGGUUGAACGGUCAACGAGUAGCGUGUUUGGCCUUUUGGAGGGCGGUUGAUCGCAGGCCUCCCCCUGGUGCAGGUGCUCUCGGCCUCGACUGGUAUGAGUCGCGCUAUGGUCAUGCUGCAGUGACCAAUCUCAAGCAAUGGCCGCGCUUCCCUUCAAGCAAACGACAAGAACCUGAUGCCAGCCUCCCUGCCUGGACGCCAUAUGAUCAAACAACCGUCGAUGCUAAAGAUGAAUCAGCCGAGCUCCUAGCCGAAGCUGAGGUAAUUCAGCGAGGAAAGAACGUCUUCUAUCGCUACGCCGGGCCAAUGCUCACCAUCCUGCUCCACUUCAGCCUCGCCGGUGGCUUUGCAUCGCCUCGGAUCACAGAAGUACUCGCGCAGACCGCCUAUCUUGUUCCUACAGCCAACUCCAGCGACAGCAAGGACCGUGAAUCUUCAGACUCUUCGGCGCUUCCCACCGUGGAAGAGCUCCGGCGAACGUUCAAGAUAGACAAAGCACGUGCAGCUCGCACUUGGAGUCGUCUCUUGGAGACAACCCAAUUCGUCUUGGAUGUGGUCGAGAAGGCAGACAGCCUCCAUCCUCCCAGCAUCUCAGCUGCUUUGUCUAGAUCUGACCCAGUUUGUGAGACGUCACAUAUCCAGCCUCCCGAGCUUGGAGGCGAAGGCUGGCAAGCGGCUGUACGUGUGCGGCUGCUUCAUGCCAUUGUCCGACGCCGGAUCCUCAAGCUCGUUGAGAGACGACGGAAGGACGCCUCGGUCGGCAGCACGAAGAGCUAUGACAUUGAAAAGAAUGGCAUACCGAUCAAUCAGGAAGACUUGCUUGGUACGCUGUGCGCCUUUUCAUCGGCUCCGCUCGUUAUGCUACAGAGGUUUGGCGUGCAGCCUACCACACAGGAGAGGAAAGACUACAUCGCCCUUUGGCGGCACAUUGGCUUCUACAUGGGUAUUGAACCCGCUCUGUUGCGGUGCGCAUUCGUUGAUGCUCAAGCAGCGGAUCGCGCUUUGGUCUGCACCAUCCUUCACCUUUUCAAGCAGGUGGAAAUCUCAGCGAGUCAGCAUGGCAAUCAAACUGGCGCUGCGCAGCCUAGAAGGCAGACUCCUACCAUCCCUGUGCUGAUAGCAUGCGCCGAUCGCCCGCCCUUCUACACACCACUGUCGGCCCAUGUGGCCAUCGCGCGCCGUCUACUGGGCAAGUCGAUGGCUGACUUUCUCGCGCUGCCAGCGUCAUCAGCCAGGCGCGAGGUCCUCACCGAUCUUGCAUUUGUGGGGAUGCAGGUACCGAUCCUUUUUGGCCGCUUCUAUCCGCGCAAAUCGUGGGAGAAGCGUAAGCUGGAAUUGGUAAGGCCUCUGCUGCGACGUCUAGUCGUCUAUAGCCUUGGCAAUAAACGCACCAGAUUCGAGAUGCCAUCCUCAUUAUUGGCAGAAUCGCAAAAGAAACCGAUAGUGGAGACGGUCAACAUCGAGACCCAGUCUCACGCUCACAUCGAUGUAGCGGAGGACAAGGAGCACAAUCUUCGGCUUGCACGAGAGUGGCGUUGGCUCAUGAGGGAGAUGCUUGCUGUGCUCUGGCUCGCUGCUUCGUUGAUCCUGAUUGUGGGCGCUUUUGCCGUUUUGCAGCUUUGCGCCUAUCUCCAUUUUUACUAA